AGUCACGUGCACCUCGCUGAUGCGCAUUAGCCGCGUCGUGUCGCGACGUGUGACGAAAUACGACGAAGAAAUACCAUGAGUGAGGGUAAGCCGCAACGACUGUGGCCUGCUCCGUGGAUUUGUCAAGCUAACGGUUUUAUAUUCGCACGAACGAUAGUAUCGUGUUGGUUCUCUCGCGUGCCGCGAUUUGUGCGGAUUGACAUGAUUUGUUGAACGGUGCGUCGUCAGACAUUCGUAAUUAACAUCUCGGUGUCCAGUUUGUGGUGCAUCUAUCAAGCAGUUCCGCUACGUGACAUCUCGAAACUUGAUCGCGUUGACUUGGGCGUAGUCAAGCGACAAAAUAGGCACGAUGAGUUACUAUGGUGGUUACGGCGACAGCGGAGAUGCAGACGUGUUCGUUAAAGCGGCGGUCGAGGUCAAGCGGUUCCUGCCGUCGCUCUUCAACAUUAAAGUGCUGGGAGAGAAGGGUUCCGGCUUCAGACCGCGGGGUGAGAUCCAAGAUUUUAACACACUGAGACGGGAGUGCUUGGAGACCGGACGGCUUUUCGAGGAUCCUGAAUUCCCGGCCACAGAUUCAUCGCUGUACUUCUCUCGCAGACCGGACAGAUAUAUAGAAUGGAAGCGGCCAAUGGAAAUCGUGGAUGACCCUCAGCUUUUCGUGGAGGGUUUUUCGCGAUUCGACGUGCAACAAGGAGAAUUAGGAGAUUGCUGGUUGCUAGCCGCCGUAGCGAAUCUCACUAUGUAUCCGAAUCUAUUUUUCCAAGUGGUGCCAGAGGAUCAGAGUUUUGAGGAGAACUACGCUGGCGUCUUUCACUUCAGGUUCUGGCAAUACGGCAGGUGGGUCGACGUGGUGAUCGAUGAUCGAUUACCUACCUGCCGUGGCGAACUGGUAUAUUUGCAUUCAGCUGAGAGUAACGAAUUCUGGAGCGCCCUUCUUGAAAAAGCAUAUGCGAAGUUACAUGGUUCCUACGAAGCGUUAAAAGGUGGCACAACUUGCGAGGCUAUGGAGGAUUUCACAGGCGGAGUAACGGAAAUGUAUCAAAUGGAUCAAACACCGCCCAAUUUGUUCAAUAUACUGCUGAAAGCCUUUGAAAGAAAUUCGUUAUUGGGUUGCUCGAUUGAGCCCGAUCCAAACAUAAUAGAAGCAGAAACACCUCAGGGACUGAUACGGGGUCACGCUUAUAGCAUCACACGUGUAAAACACGUGGAAAUCCAAACUCCAAAUCAACACGGUACCAUACCUCUAUUAAGACUUCGGAACCCUUGGGGAAACGAAGCAGAAUGGAACGGACCUUGGAGCGAUCAAUCCCCGGAAUGGAGAUUCAUUCCUGAUCACGAGAAAGAAGAGCUCGGCCUAACUUUUGACGUAGACGGCGAGUUCUGGAUGUCAUUCCAUGAUUUUACGCGUUACUUUACUCAACUCGAGAUAUGCAACUUGAAUCCUGACUCUUUAUCGAGUCACGAUCUCGAUGCCGGUAAGAAGCGCUGGGAGAUGAGCGUUUUCGAAGGAGAAUGGGUACGUGGAGUAACGGCGGGUGGAUGUAGAAACUACUUGGAGACCUUUUGGCACAACCCGCAAUAUCGCAUCACGUUGGAACAUCCCGACGAUGAUGAUGAUAAAUGUACCGUAAUCGUUGCUUUGAUGCAGAAGAACAGACGGGCGCAAAAGAGAAUGGGUGCCGAUUGCCUCACCAUCGGUUUCGCGAUAUACAACUUGGAGUACCCAGAGAGGUUACCAAAACCGUUGGACAUUAACUUCUUCAAGUACAACGCGUCUGUCGCUCGUUCACCAGCAUUUAUAAAUUUACGAGAAGUCACAUGUCGCUUCAAAUUACCACCAGGUGUAUACUGCAUAGUUCCAAGCACAUUCGAUCCAAAUGAGGAGGGUGAAUUCUUGCUGAGAAUCUUUUCUGAAAAUAAGAACAAUAUGGAAGAAAACGAUGAGGAAGUCGGUAUUGGCGAAGUCGACGAUAGGGUGAUUAAUUCUAUGGGCGAUAAGGAGGAAGAGACUAAAAAUAACGUUCGUGAUGAACCCGAACAAGAUCGUAAUACCGAGAAAGUUCGAGAAUUCUUUAAAAAACUCGCUGGAGAUGACUUGGAAGUAGAUUGGAUGGAACUCAAAGAUAUUUUAGAUUUCGCCAUGAGGAAAGAGUUACCACAGUUGGCGCAUCGUAGCGAGGCACAUGUUCCCGAAACUGUUGAAGGAAAUGGUUCGUUUGUCGACACUCUCAUCUCACUGCUGUGCGGCGUUGUUUGUAAUAAUGAACAGUACAAUAAGCCCGUAGAUACUCACGAUAGAGGAUUCAGCAAAGAUAUAUGUCGUAGCAUGGUGGCGAUGUUGGAUGUAGAUCAUUCUGGAAAACUCGGUUUUGAAGAAUUUAAAACCUUGUGGAACGAUAUUAGGAAAUGGCGGGCUGUUUUUAAACUUUACGACAGAGACGAAUCAGGUUAUCUGAGUGCAUUUGAAUUGAGGCAAGCAUUAAAUAGCGCCGGAUAUCGUUUGAAUAAUCAUAUUCUCAACAUUUUGGUUCAUCGUUAUGGCACUAAAGACGGCAGAAUUACAUUUGACGAUUACAUAAUGUGCGCAGUCAGAUUGAAAACGAUGAUCGAUAUUUUCAGGGAGAGAGAUCCAGAUCAAACCAACACUGCUACGUUCACGAUGGAAGAAUGGAUAGAGAAGACACUUUAUUCGUAAUAAUAUCUAUAAAUGUGUACAUUCGCAUUAUAAUUCGACUUUACCUCAGACUUAAUAUAUUCUUCUUAUAAUGUGAUAUACACUUGUAAUUGUGAGCAAGAUCUACUUUUUAAAGGAGAGAAAUAUUUUUAAAUGUAAUUUUUUGUGAAACAACGUGCAUAUUUACAAGUCUAUUAAUUCGCAUUUUACCAAAACAAUAAUUAGAAAGUAAAAAAACGUCCACUUCAAGAGAGAUCUUUGCAGCAUAUAUUUAACGGGAAGAACUAAUGUAUUUGUAAUGUAAUUAAUAUAUAAUAAAGUUUUCAGAUUGCUCUUCAA